GAGUGAGAGACAAGAGAGAGCAAAGGUAUCUUACAGGCGACGGAUCCAAUGCACAUAAACUCUCUUAAUCUUCCCCUUUAUGUGAGCUCUGUUAAAACCCACUCUCUCUCUCUCUCUCUCUCUCUCUCUCUCUCCUAUGAUGUGUUACAUGUGUAGAAAGGAGCCAUAACCCUGAGUGAAGCUCAGUGAACUCGCUAAAGAAACGGAAAAAGGCGGUAAAAUUUCCAAGAUUAUAUCCCAUGUAAUAGCAUCUCCAUAACAAACACCCCUUCUCUCUCUCUCUCUCUCUCUCUCUCUCUCUCUCUCUCUCGUCUUCAUGUUCACUGAAUUCCAUCCCUCUACAUGACGUCAAAUUCAGACGCCUCCAACCCCAAAAAAGACCAAAAACAGAUCCAAUUCGAAGUUUCCUCAAAACCCAAUUCAGAUUCCCCGAAUGGGUGUCAAACAACAGCCUCAAUUGAGCCAGAGAAUUACAGAGAAGAAGAAGAAGAAGAAGAAGAGAAUUACAGAGAAGAAGAAGAAGAAGAAGAAGGAGACGAAACUGAAUCAACGGCUUCUUCUUCUUCUCUAGACCUCAUUAUUAAAAACCCGCCAUUUUCGGGGGCAAUUGAGGUUCCCGAAAACGACGACGGAUUCAAGACUCCAACGGAUCAGAUGAUCCCGGAAAUUACAGAGUGCCCGCCGGCCCCGAAAAGACAGAGGAAACGAGAAUCAAGAAAGAGAAAGGCUUCGCCGGAGGCUCGCCGGAGCCUCCGAAUUGAUUUCGAAGAAGAGGCCGAAUCCAUGUUUCCUCCGGCAAUUCAGGGAGAUUUAGGCCGCGAAAUCAAGAGGGCUCGAAGUGAGAAAAAAACAGAGUAAAUUUGUUUGCAUGCUAUAUUUGUCUAUUCAGAAUUGGUAAGAGACUUUCAUGUCAAAUUGCGUUCAUUAACUCAUCAUGAUCAUGCUUCUGCUGGAAAUUUACUUUCCCAUCCAGUUCUUAUUUUUUUGUAAUAACCGGGGUGUCUGUCCGGACAGCUGGGGUGUAUAGUUAACGAUCAGACAAACCUUCAGCGAUCGCUAGUUUUUUCUUUCUUUCUUUUUUUGUAUCGGUGAAGGUUGUGAGUGUGUUUAUGUAUAUGUAAGCCUUGAUUUAUUUUGUAUUUGGCUGAUGUGAAAGUUAAAGAUUAGGAAAGAUUUUUAGAGUGGUGAAGUAAAGACGAAGGAAACGAGAGAGACAUAAGACUUCCAACUUUAUUAUUGCACUCUCAUCUUCUUUU